AGCUGAUCGAUUCCAAAGAAGACAUGUUGAUUAGAUGGCGAAAUGCUGAGGAAAGGAACACACAGGGCCAAAACAAGACAAGAUUUUUCGGCAAAAUUGCCCUGAAAAUGCACGAAAUAAGGACUCAGCAUCUUGAAAGGACACGAAGGUAUCAGAAACAGCAAGCCAAAUUGGAUUUUUAGUGGAAGUAGUCGAAACAAGUGUGGAAAAAGUGGAAAACAAGGUAACAUUUGCUAACAACGUGCUCGAGAGAUCGUCAGGAAUUCGUCGCUGGGGAAUGCACGCAACACACGCGAGAAGUCCAUUGUUCAAGCCAUCUAUCUUUCGCGGGCUAUAGAAACGGAAUUGUAAAUGUUCGUGUGUCGUCAAACAGGGCGAUGUUUUCAAGAUUAAACUGUCGAAAAUUCACCACCAUAUGCAAGGUAUGUCAUCCCUCAACCGGAGCGCAAACUUUGGUUCACAGUCCAGCGCCUUUUGUUCCUUCAAGAAGAAUCACAUUGACCAUGUCGCUGCUGCAACGCACCAGCUGCGACAGUGCGCAUCCAACAACAAUGACGUUAUAGUAACGACCAACCCCCACACCGGGGUCUCCACAUCCACAAGCACCUUACGGACAGUCCCUUUGACAGAUUCAAAUUCACAAGACCCGGUGCUCCUGGAGUCCACCUCCAAGAGCAGCGGGUCUUCAUCAAACCGAAGAACUCAGAACGUCAUUCAGGCGUCGACGGUCAGACUGUUGGAUACGUACCAGAAAUGCGGGUUGAAACGGAAGAGCGAGGAAACUUUGGAUAACCACCGUCAGUACAGCAGCACGAGGCACGACCGACACGAGCGGCAAGAACGGACUAACCGUAACGAGUACAAAGAAGGGACGGAACGUAGCGAUAAGCAUGAGAAAGCACACACGUCAAACCAUUCAAGUAAAGCAACAACAAGCAAUGCCAACACGGCAACGAACUCAAAUAAGAAUGCGAAUUCUUCUAAGAAGAGUUCGUCGGGCGGGGAAGGCGAUUAUCAGUUGGUGCAGCACGAGGUACUGUGUUCAUUAACGAACAGUUAUGAAGUGUUGGAGUUCCUUGGGAGAGGGACGUUCGGGCAGGUGGUCAAGUGCUGGAAGCGCGGGACCAAUGAAAUCGUAGCCAUCAAGAUCCUAAAGAACCACCCCUCCUACGCGCGGCAGGGACAGAUUGAGGUCAGCAUCCUAGCGCGGCUCAGCGCCGAGAACGCCGACGACUUCAACUUGGUGCGCGCCUACGAGUACUUCCAGCAUAAAAACCACACGUGCCUCGUGUUUGAACUCCUCGAAAAGAACCUUUAUGAUUUCCUCAAGCAGAGUAAGUUCCGCCCCCUCCCCCUGAAACACAUCCGCCCCACCCUCCAACAGGUACUGGUCGCUCUUCUCAAGUUGAAGACCCUUGGUUUGAUUCAUGCGGACUUGAAACCCGAAAACAUCAUGCUGGUGGACCCCGUCCGUCAGCCGUACCGCGUGAAAGUCAUCGACUUCGGGUCGGCGAGUCACGUCUCGAAAGCAGUGUGUUCAACGUAUCUCCAAUCAAGAUAUUACAGGGCUCCGGAAAUUAUCCUAGGACUGCCAUUCUGUGAAGCCAUCGAUAUGUGGUCCCUUGGAUGUGUGGUUGCCGAGCUCUUCCUUGGUUGGCCGCUCUAUCCCGGAGCCUCGGAGUACGAUCAGAUCCGGUAUAUUUCUCAGACCCAAGGUUUGCCUGCUGAGAAUCUAUUGAGUGCUGCGACCAAGACUACAAGAUUCUUCAAGAGAGAUAUGGAAUCCAAUUUUCCUCUUUGGAGAUUAAAGAACCCUGAGGAACACGAGACAGAGACUAGCGUAAAAUCCAAAGAAGCAAGAAAGUACAUCUUCAACUGUCUGGAUGACAUCGCUGGGGUCAACCUGCCGACCGACCUGGAAGGAAGUGAAUACUUGGCUGAGAAGGCUGACAGGAGAGAGUUUGUGGAGCUUCUGAAGAAGAUGUUGACUAUAGAUCCAGACAAGCGGAUCACCCCUCUAGAGGCUCUCAACCAUCCUUUUGUUAGUCUGACUCAUCUGGCGGAGUAUGCUCAUUGUAGAAACACCAAGGCAUCCGUGCGAGCCAUGGAGGUGUGCAAGCGGGGUACCCAGCUCUUCGAGGGCAACCUUCCCAGCGUCCCGGCCAGCUUUGGCGGGGUCAUGACCCCUUCGGCCAGCGCAGGAAACCUCAACAUCGCCUUCAACAACCAGAUCAACGCAGCCAUUCAGAACCAGGCACACUCGCAGACGUUGGGUACCUCGAUCCGGUCCCAGGCGCCCGAGUUCCCAUUCCUCCAGUACCACCUCCAGUCCGGUCCCUACAUACCGUACCAACCACCGCAGAUCGCUCAGAGGGUGUCCCAGAACACCAACCAACAACAACCGGCAACCACCCAGUACCCAAGACCAGAUCCCUUUCAACAGCCCCUACAGGUCUACCCUGUCAGAGUGGACAAUCAUGUCGCAAUGGUCAGUCAAGCCCCCCAACCACAGAGUCUACAGAUUCAGCCUCAAUUAUUCACACAGAGUUCAUCAUUAAGUUCAAGGCACACGACCACGGUGGUAGCACCCAUAGGGCAGAGAGGUCAUGGUGCGAACCAUUCGAUUCAGCACGUCGCGUUACCGAUGGCUGUGGGUAGCUCAGGCACGCAGCAGGGGUGGCCACCUAGGCCGGCCGGCCAGGGACAGACCGUAUUCUUACCGAAUGGGCCAGUCCAAUCAUGGCCGCCCAACGGAGGCCAAGUAUUCCUGUCACCAUGGCAACAGGGGGCAGCAGCAGUGACACAGCAGCCAGUCAUUCCGGAGGCACAAACCUUGACUGAGACUUGGAGACGGCAGUAUGUUUCUGCAGCCCCAGUAUCGUGGCGUAGCUCAGAUGAAUCAGGUUUCAUCACAACGGAGCCCAGCCCGGCCCUAUUUCAUAUGGACGUAGGAGAAGGGACCUUCUAUGAUCAUGGCAUCGAGAGAGCUCAGUUUCCAUCAGGUCAUCACUUCCACCCGAUGAUACCGGUCACGCCCCAGCACUCUCUGCAGCACUCGCAGACGUGGGGUACCACCAACAACCUUCCCCACGCAUCGGCAGCCAACAACAGGGGCGGAUCGCAGCACAGGCUGGCUCGGAAACAAGGGGAUAAGAAAACACACACUGCAUUCAGCAGCAGUCUCUCGCCACAGAAGAGCAAGCGCAUCAAGGGGAACACGCCUCCGAUGGCGUCGGAAUCCCGGGCCCACGGCCGCCGGACCCUCAACACCACCACCACUACCGCUACGGAGCUGCGUCUUAGCCCUGCGUUGAAGCAGGAGAGGGACCAGGACACCAAGGGUGACGGGAUCUUGACCGCUGGCAGAGGAGCGAGGAUAUCGUCGUACGCCAAUAAGCGGGAGCCGAUCGUGAUUCCGGACUCGCCGAGCCCGACUCCAAGCGUCAUCACCAUCAGUAGUGACAGCGAGGACGAGGUGGUGCGACCAGCUAAGGGAUGUGAAGACAAGGGAUGUACAGCGUGCAAUGACAACAGCAUCACGCACAGUUGCUCUUUGAGUAGCUCGAACAGUAUCCUGAGUGCAAGUCCCGAAGCUGGCCACGCCCGCCACAACAUCCCUUCAUCGCCAGGCUCCUCCUAUUCAUCCUUAGGAAUGUCCCCCAUCAACAAGACUGGUGACGACGUCGUCAAGGGGAGCAGACCCAACGUGGUGAGCUGCGUGACCAUCCCCGACAGCCCCAACCCGAGCCCGGACACCAGGACAACACGGAAGGGUGGUCCUCGAGGGGACGCGGAGAAGCAGACCCUCACAAAGAGUGGAGCGGGGAAGAAAAGGUCGUUUAGUGAUGUGAAGGAUAAUACGGUGAAAGUGGUGAAUGAGGUUGCUCGGGGGAGCGGGGUACGGAGGGGCGUUGAUAGGAUCAAGGAGGAGAUUGAUGUUGAUGAUUUUGGGGAACGAUCGGUUGGGGUACAGGGUAGUGAGACGUCAAGUGCGCUGGUUGGAAAAGCCAGUGAUUUGAGACUGAAGAAAGAGCGGCCGAUGAACCAUCGGACAGACUCUGCAAUUGCCUUCAUCAAUCUUCCGUUGUUACAGACGGAGAGCGCUGGAGGCUCAAAUGUGGAGACCCCGUCGAUACCGCCACAGCCAUCGUCGACGGCUGCGAAUAACAAUAAUAACUCGAGUAGUAGCACAUUACCGUCCCUCCCUAAUAACAACAACAGCAACUUGUCAACGUCGGUACUAGCAUCGAGAGGUGAUGCCUCUAGGAAGCGUUCCAAUCGGACAGAUCAACCUCAAACCCAAAGAACAGGCAACCAGGUGACGCACUCACAACUUGGGACAGUACAAGAGAGACAGCUUCACGUCGCAGCCAGUGCUGCUCUGUCAAGAACGACUGCAGCUCACCUUGGUAGCCCGUCCCACAAGCCAAAGGCGCCUCCUCACCACCUGCAGUCAACGUCGCAGCUGGUGAGUUACUCCUACGGCAGUACGCCCAUCAGCUCACCGGGAGGAGCGUUGCCGACCUUGGCCCAGCAUCAGAUCCACUACCGCCCCGCCAACAUUCCAGGCCCUCUCCCACCGCAAGUGCUGCACUCGCCCACGGUCCCGCCCCAAGUCUACCACCCCUCGCCCAUCCCUGGCCCACCCCCGCACCAAUACCACCAUCAUCCUCCCUACAACAGGCCUCUGUACGUCCGGUCUCCGUCGGGUAACAUCUACAGUACCUACCCGUUGAGUCCGACCAGGGCGCGGCCCUACCAGUAUGUCUACCAAGGCGAUUGACUUCUGUUGGUGCAAGACAAGCUCUCCCAGCUGCAUCUCUGAGGCCCUGCCGUCUCAUCGAUUGGCUUCUUCUAGACUCAGGAUGGGUCAGGGUGGUGCCUUCAAGAGAUGAUGACUCCUCAUCUUGGGCACAGGACCACAACACUACAGAAUAACAUCAAGGGUUGAGAUCGAAGAAUUAUCAGCACUGAUAAUAAGAAUUACCAUGUGUGGGACUAAGAAAUGAAAAUUUGAUUUAUUACUAUAUGUCUCAUGAUCUUGGUAGAGUACAGAGAGUGAUUUAAUUGUUUUGUUUCACAUUCGUAGCAAACCCAAUUGCAGCUACCUGCUUCAUGUUGUUAAUGAAUUAUAUAUUAUUGCUACGCUUUAAAUUUAAUAUUUAGUUUCGGAAAUGGGCAAGCCUUUUAGGCAUACUUGUAUUUGUACGUGAGAGUAUAAAACAUAACUGGAUGUUUGAUUAAUUGAUAUCAAGGGAUACCCUUGAAUACUGCAUGGGGAUCCCCAAAUAAUAUGAUAAGGGGAAAUCCCUAUUAUAUUUGUGUAGAUUUCAGUCAGAAUUUUUUUUUUAGUAAUUAUUGUAUUCAGAAUUUCCAGUGAGCGCCGACAAUAGCGUAUUGGUCAUGGCAAAAUGAAAUUAAGUGCUUAGAUUGAAAUUCAUUAAAUCAAAUAAUUUGUCCAGAAUCACAAUUUGAUGAACAGUAAAGCUUUAUUACUGGAGCCGACCGCUAGCUACGUUGGUUGACAAUUACACGCAGUAAAGUCAUUUUAGUGUUUAGCUU